UCUUUAUCCAGAGUACUGUGUCUGUCUGAGCAGAGCACUAUUACUACUACUACUACUACUGCAACAAACUACUACUACAAACUAAUACUGCUACUACAGAAUACUACUACAAAGUAGCACUGCUAAUAAAGAGUACUACCUGUACUGGAUAGAGUCUCUUGCAGCAGAUGGACUCUAUAGCACCUCCAGGCCUCUCUCUGGUCUCUGUCUUGUCUCUGUUAGCAUGUAGUGUCCAGGUGUUAGCUGCUGUCCUGCUGACCCGCAGGUAUGGUGGGCGGAGCUCUGCUGAGGACUGGUGGAUCCUGCUGUGGCUUUUCUAUGAUGUCAUCGUCCACUUGACACUGGAAGGCCCGUUUGUCUACAUGUCUCUUGUUGGGACAGUGGAGAUGUCUGAAGGUCCGAUGGCUGAACUCUGGAAGGAGUACGGUGAAGCUGAUCGUCGUUGGCUGAUUUCUGAUCCGACAAUCGUCUCCAUAGAAAUUCUAACAGUCGUCCUCGGCUCUCUACUUGCUGUACUACUGAUACACGCACUACUGAAGGACAAAUACUACAGACACUUCCUGCAGGUCGCUCUGUGCGUGUGCGAGCUUUACGGCUGCUGGAUGACGUUCUGUCCUGAUUGGCUGGUUGGCAGUCCUCACCUGGACACGUCUUCCUGGCUCUACCUGUGGGUCUACUUGGUCUUCUUUAACGGGCUCUGGGUUCUGGUCCCGGUUCUGCUGCUGGUCCAGUCCUGGUUCUCUCUGAAGAAACUGCACAUGCUCAGACCGGAUGACCACGUGAUCAAGAAGAGGACGUAGAGACGCUGAAGUUUUUUAAACGGAAUUGAUCUUUAAGUUGAUCACCUGACGAGCAAUCAAUCGAGAGUAUUGAUGUUUAUGUUACAACGACUGUAAACAAGCAGAUUCAUGAUUUAACCUCACACAAAACCUCAUUGAAAAAACCUUCAAUUGAAAGUAAAACUUCAGUUGCCUGGAAACCAAUUAAUAAAAACUUGACAUUUAUUGAAGUAGA